AUGGAGCACUUUGUCCGUGUUCCCUAUGGCCUGUACCAGGGGACACACUAUGGGAACACACUGCCUUUGGGCCAGACUGGGCUCUGUGAGCACAGACACUCCAACUGGAGGCACAACAUUGGUGCCCCCGCUUUCCUGGCCAGGCCAGGGCUGCUGGUGCCCAUGAAUGCCUCUGACUACUGCGUGGACCCCUACAAGAGGGCGCAACCUAAGGGCAUUCUCUCCCAGCAGAACCCCAGCCCAAGCCUGCAGCUGUUCAAGCCCCACACCAAGGAGGUGGGCGUGCAGGUGAGCCCGUGGGUGGACAAGUCCGUGCAGUGCUCGCUGGGGCCUCGCACCCUGAGCAGCUGCUGCCCAUGGGGCAGCACAGGCUCCAAGGCACCCCUGCCAGCCUGGGGCGCCAGUACUCCAGUGAUGAUCCGGCUGCGGAAGGAUGGGGAGGAUGAGGAGAGGAAGGUGCUUUCUGGUCCUGCAGAACCCAGCUGGCAGCAGCCACCACCAAGGCCAAAGUUGCAGGAGGACAAGCAGGAAGAACUCUGGCAGCAAGAUAAGUUGGGGGAGGAAGACUCCUCGAGUCCUGGGGAAAGGAAGAGCAAGCAGCCCCAAGGAGAUGCUGCCUAUCUGCUCAGGAAACCCAACUUCCAGUUUUUGGAACCAAAAUAUGGCUAUUUUCACUGUAAAGAUUGUAAGACCAGAUGGGAGAGUGCUUAUGUGUGGUGCAUUUCUGGAACUAAUAAGGUUUAUUUCAAACAACUCUGUUGCAAAUGCCAGAAGAGUUUUAACCCUUAUCGAGUAGAAGCAAUCCAGUGUCAGAUCUGUUCAAAGUCUUGUUGUUCCUGUCCUCGAAAGAAAAGACACAUCGAUCUAAGGAAACCUCAUCGACAGGAACUGUGUGGCCGCUGCAAAGACAAGAGAUUCUCCUGUGGCAAUAUUUACAGCUUUAAAUACAUCAUAUGA